AUUUACAAGUGUCAUAUUCAACAUAUUGUCAUUUUUCCACACUUCUCCCUCAAUCACUGGCCAUUCACAUUGGCCAUUGACUUUGAAUUUUGGUAUAUAAAAUACUUAUGAAACCACCACUCAUCAUCUAUAGUUUCCUCCUCCCUGUAUAUAAAAGGUAUGAACAUAUCAGAAUUUUUAAGUACUCCAUAGAAAGUAUCUUCUCUUCUCACUUGAAGCUUUCUUCAGUUGCAUCCAUGGCAGAUCUGCAUUUCCUGCAUAUUCAUAUCCAAUUCGUAGUGUUCUUCUUCUUCAUCCCUCGUAUUUUUUCAUGUCCUGAUCAGCAAAAACAAGCCCUCCUCCUUUUCAAAGACUCCCUUCUCUCUACUACAAUUUCUCCCAAUAGUUCCGUCCCUCUCUUCUCCUAUUUGGACUCAUGGAAUUCGACUUCGGAUUGCUGCCAUUGGGAUAGAGUUGUCUGCUCUUCUCCAGAUUCUCGCUCGAGGAUGGUUCAAGGUCUCAAUCUUUACUCUCUUGCUUCGAGGAUUGCUGAUGAUCCAUUGCCACUUGAUGGUAAGGCAUUGAUGCCACUUUUCACCAUACGAAGCUUGAUGUUACUCGAUUUGUCUUCGAACUUCUUUGAGGGCGGAAUCUCAGGAGUCGGGUUUGGUAAUCUAAGUAGGAUGGUUUUUCUUAAUCUAAAUCAGAAUAAGUUCAGUGGUUCAAUUCCUCCACAAUUGUAUCGUCUACGAUACCUUCAAUAUCUCGACAUGAGCAACAAUUUGCUCAGUGGAGCUUUAACUUCAGAAGUGAGAUUUCUUGGGAACUUGAGAGUGUUGAAGUUGGAUAGCAAUUCUCUUAGCGGAGAACUUCCCGAGGAAAUCGGCAACCUGAAAAUGUUGCAGAAACUGUUCAUUCGUGGCAAUAAUUUCGUAGGCCAAAUCCCAACCUCCAUUGUCAAUUUGAAAUCUUUAGAGACACUGGAUAUGAGGGACAAUAAAUUUACAAUGGGGAUUCCUUCGGAUAUUGGCAGUCUAUCCAACUUGACGUAUCUAGCCUUGAGUAAAAACAAUCUGACUGGCACAAUUCCAACAUCAAUACAACAUAUGGAAAAGUUAGAACAAUUGGAAUUGGAAAACAACUUACUUGAAGGGCAUGUUCCGAUAUGGUUGUUCGAUAUGAAAGGGCUGGUAGACUUGCUGAUUGGAGGCAAUUUAAUGACUUGGAACAACAGCGUUAAAAGCGUAAAAUCAAAGCACAUGCUUUCUCGACUGUCGUUAAAGUCCUGUGGGCUCACAGGAGAGGUCCCAGAAUGGAUUUCUUCACAGAAGACUCUAAAUUUCUUGGAUUUGAGUAAGAACAAACUAGAAGGAACUUUUCCUCUAUGGUUGGCUAAAAUGGCUCUUGGUUCCAUUAUUCUCUCAGACAACCAGCUUUCAGGUUCUCUUCCUCCUCGUCUCUUUGAGUCAUUAAGUCUGUCUGUGCUCGACCUAUCUAGGAACAACUUUUCUGGAGAACUGCCUGAAAAUAUCGGUAAUGCCAAUGCUAUUAUGUUCCUAAUGUUGUCUGGAAAUAAUUUUUCUGGUGAAGUCCCAAAAUCGAUCUCAAAAAUCCAUCGCCUACUAUUGUUGGACUUAUCGAAAAACAGACUAUCUCACAAACUCCCAGUUUUUGAUCCAGAUGCAUUUCUUGGAUACAUAGACUACUCUUCAAAUGAAUUCACAGGUGAGAUUCCAACUACCUUCCCUCAACAAACUAAGCUCCUUUCAUUAAGCAAUAACAGAUUUUCUGGAAGCUUACCCAAGAACUUAACUAACUGGACCUUUCUCGAGCACCUUGAUCUCCAUAACAACAAUAUCUCUGGUGAAUUGUCUGACUUCUUCCUUUCCGAACUCCCUGCGCUUCAAAUUCUGAGUUUAAAAAACAAUUCUCUCACAGGUCCAAUUCCAAAAAGCAUGUCCAAGCUUAAUAACCUACAAAUCGUCGAUCUCUCCAAUAAUGAUUUAGUAUCAGAAAUACCGACCGAGAUAGGGGAGCUAAAGGGAAUGAUCGAUACACCAAGAACAUUCUCAUCUCUCUCUGAUACUUUCUUCAACAUCGGUAUUGAGUUCACUGACUUGGAGGUAAAUUGGAAGAAGUCAAUUCUUGGACUCCCAACUAGUCCUAGCCUGGACAUCUAUGCAUUGUUGGACUUGUCAGGGAACCAUCUUAGCGGAGAGAUUCCAACUUCAAUCGGUAAUUUGAAGGGGAUAAAGCUUCUCAACUUGGCAAACAAUAAGCUCUUUGGCAAUAUACCAUCAAGUUUAGGGAAUUUAGAAAAUGUGGAGACCUUGGACUUGUCUCACAACAAGCUCACAGGCCCAAUCCCAGAAUCAUUAGUCAAUCUACAAGCAUUGUCGGUUCUUGACGUGAGCAACAACGAGCUCACAGGCAGGAUUCCAGUUGGGGGUCAAAUGACGACCAUGAACAUUCCGAGCUACUAUGCCAACAACAGUGGUUUAUGUGGAAUUCAAAUCCAACAGCCAUGUCCAGAAGACAAGCAACCAACAGAACCAGUAGUGGAAGAAGAAAAACAACAGGUGUUUUCCUGGCUAGGUGCAGGAAUCGGAUUCCCAGUUGGCUUUGUGUUUGCAGUGCUAAUUGUUUACAUGUCAGGGUAUUUUAGUCCACUAACACCUCGUAAACGCAUCGUUCGCUUUCCUAGAAGACGAAGGCCAUGAGUUUCAACUAAGCCAUAUGUAGGAAUCUGCUCUGAUUCAACUAGUUUGCAUUCUAGAAACAUUAAAAUGCACCAAAAUAUGACAAACAAAAGUGCAUAAAUCAGGCAUUAUGCAUCAACGAGUUAGAGGAUCAUGAAAGCUUAGUAUAUUAGAAGUGACAACAUGAGAUGACAUUCACUACAUAAUUUACAAAGCAGUGAACUCUUUGCCCAAGCUACAUAAUUACAAUCCUAAACUUAGAGGGCUCAUCUUUUCACUAACUUUUUGUCAAUUUUAAGCUUUAUUUUCCUUCUGCCCUUACCUUCUCUCUUUUCCAUUCUCUGAUUCAAACCUUUCUAAGAGUCUGAUGAGACUGAGGAGCUCUGGAUUCAAAAGGACACUAAAUGGGCAUAAAUUUCUGAUUUUCUUCCUGAUUUUUGUUUCCAUUUUUCUCUC